UUAAUCUUUUUUUAGAAUUGGGAAAAAGAAUAGAUAUCAUAAUUUUAAAUAAAGAUUAAUUUUGAUUAUGAAUGUGUAAUGUGAUACGACUUGCUUUCAAAACAUUUUGUCAAUGGGUUGAUCAUCUGUCGUAAAUGGAUGGACGUUGCUUGUGAUCUCAAUUGGAGGAAUUCACUUUCAGAUUUUUUUUGCAUGUUAUGUGGCUUUUUUCCAAAAACGCAGAUAAUAACCAGAUAGACAUUUGCUGAUGGGAAUGAUGAAUUCGCCAAACAAGACAAGUAAUUACACUCAUGGUUCCGCACACGAGUUCUUCAGCCCGUCAUUUAUUAUAUCCGUACUCUUUCUGUAUGCCCUGUUGCUCGCUUUCGGCAUCAUUGGCAAUCUGUUGACGCUUAUGGUUGUUGUAAUCAACAAAUCAAUGCGUCGCUCGAUUCAUUUUUACACCUUUAAUUUAGCUGUAGCGGAUAGUAUUAUUUUGAUUUUUUACAUACCGACUCAAAUGAAAGUCGUGUUUGAUCAAUUAUUAUGGAACAUGGGAAAGAAUCUGUGUUUGGUUACUAGUUGUAUCAUUCCUUUGUGUUUAUCAGCAUCAAUAUUCACCCUAAUUGCCAUAAGCAUUGACAGAUACAGGGGAUUCAAAGAUCCCUUUAAAUGGCGUGCAAACUCUCAGCGGUAUGCUAAAUUUACUAUACCAUUCAUUUGGAUAUUGUCCUCUUCCACAGCAUUUCCGGUCAUAUACUAUGCUGACCUUUAUGCUGACGAUGACGUCUCAUUCUGUGUCGAGGUAUGGCCAAGCACAAAAGCAGAAUUGGCAUAUUGGUCAUUCAUUAUGAGUAUUCAGUACAUCAUUCCGCUUAUCUUUAUUGCAGCUGUCCAUAUAUACAUGGCUUGGGGUGUUGCACAAAGAGGUGAGUCUAUUAGACAACUGCACGCGAGCAUGAUUCGGAUGGUUGUCAUGCUAUUGGUAACAUACUCCAUCUGCACUGGCAUGCAACAUAUCAACUUUUACCUUUCGGUGUAUUAUGAUCUUCAACUGAGACCAGCAGGUCCGUACGUUUAUGUGUUUUCUAAUUUCGUAGUGUCUCUUCAAGCUUCAGUUAAUCCGUUCAUCUACGGCACAACACGAAACGAUUACAAACUCGCUUUUAAGAGAUUAAUGAAGUACGCUUUUCUAACCACAAGUAGUUGUAUCUCCAAAAGAGCUGUAGGUAGUACGGAAUAUGCAAUAGCAGAUACUGUUUCUACUGAUAUAGGUACAACUCCAAACUUCUAUAGGAAAACGAUCGUUCAGAAAACAGUACAGCAAGAAUAUUUGAUGCCUGUGCCUUACUUUGCUUACCAGCAAGUCGCAGAAAGUAUUAACGAAACAGACAUCAGCGAAGAAGAGAAACAAAAGCUUCGCUCACAAAGACUCGACACGUUAGCGUUCUUGGAUCUGGAUGAAUUUCAAAGACAGCAAAAACUCAUCAAAAUCAAGAAAAAAAGAAACUGGCGAAAAACUUUCACUGCGUUCUUACAUAAAGACAACAAUUCCCCAAUUAGUACAGAAAUAAACAACGCAGCACCUGCUAUCGUCAUAACAACGGCUGAAAAUACACCACUCACCAUAGAUAUUGAGGAGGAUAAUUCUUCAGAUAUCACGGAAGACGAAAUAGACACAUUAAAAAAUAUCACAGUUCUAGAAAGUAACCAAUUAAAUUUUAUUCUUGACCAAAGCAAAGAAAGUACGCUUUAAUGCGAACAAA